UCCAGAAACAUUUAGAAACGGGUGAGAUACACAGCGAUGGCUUCGUCUCUGAGCACUAGAUUAUCGGCGAUAAUCGGAUCUCGACGGAGUUUUCCGAUCGUCGGCGCGUUUUGCGUGCUCUCAACUCUCUCAAUCUCUUCUCUUUCUUCGUCUUCUUCCUUCAAAUCGGGUUGUGCACAGUCUUUCUCUGUUGUUCCUCUCUUAAGGUCUAAGUUUAGCAGUAAGGCUUCUUCUUCGUCGAUCAGAAUGGAGGAGAGCAGCAAAACUGUGCCAAGCAUUGUUGUCUAUGUCACUGUUCCUAACAGAGAAGCAGGAAAGAAGUUAGCUAACAGCAUAGUCCAAGAAAAGCUUGCAGCGUGUGUGAACAUUGUGCCAGGCAUUGAAUCGGUGUACGAAUGGGAGGGGAAGGUUCAGAGUGACUCCGAGGAGCUCCUAAUAAUCAAAACAAGGCAAUCUCUUCUAGAGUCUCUAACCGAGCAUGUCAAUGCAAAUCACGAAUACGAUGUGCCAGAAGUAAUUGCAAUGCCGAUAACUGGUGGGAGUGACAAGUAUCUAGAAUGGUUGAAAAACAGUACAAGGAACUGAGAUCUCGUAGCUGUCCAUCGUCAAUGGCUUUGUAGUAUUGGUUUCUUUUACAUUUCAACAACCUCUGUAUUAAAGAUAAAACGUGUGAAGUGUAAUACUGGACCAGGUCGUCAAAUGAAACAAACAAUGACAUUGUUC